AUCCCGACGGCGUGUUUCCCCUCCGGCCCGCCGGUCUGCAGCCAUGGCGGUCGCGGCGCUGCAGCUGAGGCAGAUCCUGUGCCCGGGGGCGCGCGCCCUGCGCACCUUCGCCUCAGCGGCCAGGCCCGCGGACUCGGGAGCCGGCCCGCGUCCAGCCUCCAGAAGUGAAAGGCCAAUGAGAAGAAAGGCACUACCUCCUAGGACAGAGAAGAUGGAUGUUGACCAGGACUGGCCCAGUGUUUACCCUGUUGCGAUGCCAUUUAAACCCUCUGCUGUUCCUCUGCCUGUUCGAAUGGGGUAUCCAGUAAAGAAGGGCGUGCCCAUGGCAAAGGAGGGGAAUCUAGAGCUUUUAAAGAUCCCGAAUUUUCUGCAUUUGACUCCUGUGGCGAUUAAAAGGCACUGUGAAGCUCUCAAAGAUUUCUGCACUGAGUGGCCAGCUGCACUAGACAGUGAUGAGAAGUGUGAAAAGCAUUUUCCAAUUGAGAUUGACACAGCGGAUUAUGUGUCGUCAGGACCGUCUAUUCGAAACCCCAAAGCACGAGUGGUAACAUUAAGGGUUAAACUUUCCAGUUUGAAUUUAGACAACCAUGCAAAGAAGAAACUUAUUAAACUUGUAGGAGAGAGGUAUUGCAAGACAACUGAUGUGCUCACUAUUACCACAGACAGAUGCCCUUUGAAGAGGCAGAACUAUGACUAUGCGCUGUAUCUCCUCACAGUCCUGUACCACGAGUCAUGGAAAACUGAAGAAUGGGAAAAAAAUAAGACUGAGGAAGACAUGGAAGAGUAUGUGUGGGAAAAUAGCUCCUCAGAGAAAAAUGUUCUUCAAACUCUGCUGCAGAUGAGAGCCUCUGAGAGCAGUGUGGCUCCGAGCAGGGAAGAGCUGCUGGGGACCAAAGAGGUCGAAGAUUACCAGAAGUGUGUUGUUCGACUCAAGAAUGAGGGCGAGAACGAGGCGAGCCUCACACAGUACAAGGAGUCUGUGAAGAGACUGUUGAAUCUGGCGUGAAGUCAGAACUAGAAGUCUGCUGUAUCACUUUUAUGAUGUUUUUAGUCACCAAUUUGAUAUAAAUGGGAAAAUAUUUAAGAAUAUUGUCUGUUGUCAGUUAACAUUGCCCCCUUCAGACUCCGAGCUCUGCAGUAUGCUUUUGGGGCUUUCCGGUUUACCCGAGGGUGGUGACGCCUGCAGCAGGCUGUGCUUUCUCUAAAGUGUUCUCGCUUUAGCUCUACACGGCCGCUCUAGUCCUCUCUGCUUACAUGAACAUAACUGCCUCUCUGCUGUUGGUGUUUCCUGAUUGCUUGUGAUCAGUGUCUUUGGUUACUGAGGAAACCUGGCCCAGCACCUGACCAAGCGCUCAGUGCCCCUCAGUGGCCAGCCUCCAGGAGGGCUGCACUCUUCCACAGACAGCAGCUAGGCAACCGUGCUGCUCCUGACUGCUCCAGCUCUGUUCAUGCACUGCUCUGCCGUGUAGACGUCACUUAAUGGCAGACAGGAACCUUGCAGGUAGCUCUCCCUUUGUGAUUGGCCUUUCCAGUUUGUGUUGCACAACCGCACACCCUCGGUGGACGCACCGCAACAAAACACCAGCACUGAUGUAAAUCGGGUUUUGUUAUGAGAACAGAAAAUAAAGUUAACAAAACAAUCCUGAAGGCUGUGAAGCCAUCAUGGCAAAAA